AUGAAUAUGCGAUUUUUACCUUCGAAACAAUUAUUAAUCAAACUAAAUUUCUAGUGUAGGAAAGCUACUCAAACUGCAAAAUUUUAAUCUAUUAAUAAAAUAAUGAAUCAACUACUCUCUCUUCUGCAAUUAAUAUUUUUUAUUGCACAAUCUUAAGAAUCAGGGAAAAAUAUUUAUACUGGAUUUUCUGGAUAAAAUUGGGAUAUAUCAGGUUGGUACAUCUUCAACCCAUAUAAAGAUUUAAAUUAUGAUCCAUAUGAUUAUCCAUUCAGUCAAUGUAAUGGAACAAAGUUAUUUGGAGGAUAUUGUGUUUUCGGUGUGGACUCAUUAAUUUCUUCAAAAUUUGAACUUCCUCCUCAUUAUUCAAUACGAAUAUCAUUAGAUUUAUGGAAUUGGGAUGGUGAGACUUUCUAAAUAGUACUUGAUAGCGAAACUGAAUAAAAGCCAUUUUUUUUAUGGGAGGGUCAGUAAAUGUGUGGUAACUAAGGGGAAAUAUUUUUGGAGUUUAAUACUCCCAUGAUAAUUACUCUUCCAAAACACUGUUUAUUAAAUUUAGAUGUCAUAAUGACUUCGACUUUAAAUUAAUUGGCUUAUGAUGAAUCAUGGGGGUUUUAAAAUUUUAUAAUUGAAAUUUUAGAAUGCCCUUAAGAUUGUAUAUUCUGUACAGAUUUAACAUCAUCUUGCUACUUUUGGAGAAGCGUUAAAUCAUAUUUACCUGACCUAAAACCAGAAGAAGGAUGGGAGAGUGAUAAUUAAAUAAUAAUGGCAAGUGAAUGUUUAGGUAUAAAGAUUUAUGGUGGAACUAAUUUGCUAAAAGGAAAAAGAAUCGAUAAAAUUUUAGAAACUUAAAUUCCUCAUUUUAAGGUUCAAAUCUUAAUCAAAUUGUGGACAUUUGGUGUUUGGGAUAAUGAAUCAUUUAGUUUGUUGAUAGAUGAUAAACUUAGGUAUAUUAAAAAAAUGUAAUCUGACAAAUUUGUUUUAAAACCAUAUUAUCUCCUAGAAACAAAAAUCACUAAUGUUGAUGUAGAUCAAUUUCAUUCAUCCCCCAAAAUUAAAUUAUCAAUGAUAACAGAGAAUAACAGGCAUGAUCUUGCAUAUUGGGGAUUUGAAUCUAUUGAUGUUUUUGUAGGAAUAUGUUCAAUUGGAUGUUAAGAGUGCACUGGAGAAUUAGACUCAGAAUGUGUAAUUUGCCUAAAUAAAUGGAUAAACGUAGAUAUUGGAUGUAUUGGUAUAGAUUUAAUCUAUUAAAUAAGCCCCUCCUUUAGAAUGUGCUUAUCUUGA